AUGGAAUUAAUUUUAAAUGAUAUUUCUUAUUCUGAGACUAUAAAUAUGAAGGAUCUAAAUAUCUUUGAAUCUAUUAUUAAAAAAGCAUUACCUUCUAAUUAUAAAUAUUUCAUAGAAAGCUUUGAACAAAUUUCAUCACACAGCUUUUUGGAUGCCUAUGAAACGCCUUUUAAGGCCAGCUGUCGUAUAAACAUUCUAACAAUUGAAGAAUCUGAAGCAUGGCUUCAGAAAUUCAUGGACAUGCAUAAAAUAACAAUGAGGGAAACCCAUGGACGUACUAUUAAAGAAAUACACUAUAUCCUAUCCAAAUGGUUUCACUGUAUCCAUAGCCACAUUGUUAAAUUAAAGCAAGGAAUAAAAAACAAUGGCGAAACCAAUAUGAAAAAUACACAGGAGCAAAAUACCAAUUGUCCGGCAACAUUGAGUAUUCAAUUACUCAAAAGAUCUGAUCCUUACCCGUGCAUUGUUUCUUUACACUUUGAUCAUAAUCAUCCUCUUAAGUCUAGCCAUGUCAUGAGUUUUCGUCCAUUAUCUAAUGAAACAAAAAAUAAAAUCAUUAAACUUUUUGAAACAGGUCAUAAUCCCAGUAGUGCAUAUCAUACGUAUUGGGAACAAUUGCAAUUAAACUGUGAAAAUGAUGAAGAAGUUUUAGCCGAUAGAUCAACAGCACCACGUAAAAGUGAUAUUUUUUAUCUCUAUAAAAAACAUUGUAAGCAGCACGUAGGUGCUCAAAACGGAAAGGAAAUGUUUGACCGAUUAGUGAAAGAAGUUUCUGAAUUUAAUGAUAACCAUAAAGAAAAAGCGUGGUUGCAAUCAUAUAUUGCACCAGAAAAGGAAGAUCCUGGACAGCCACUUAUUCUUGUUAUCUUAACAAACCUUAUGAUAUGUUGUUAUGAAUUACAGGAGGCAGGUGAAUUAGUAUACAUGGACACAACUGCUGGGUUAGAUAUACUUAAUACUCCCUUAAUAAUUCUUUCAACAAGCACACCUGUUGGUGGUCUGCCUCUCGCUGUAAUCCUUACUUCAGAUGAAUCAACAAAUACUUUUACUAAAGCGCUAGAUAUAUUAAACCACAUGAUACUAUCAAUAGCAUUUGGUAAACACGGUAGUAUUGUUGGACCACAGCUUCAUACUCCAUCUGUUAAGAUGUAA